AUGACUGAAAAAGAAACCAUCGUAGUAAUAGGAGCCGGCAUAAUCGGCCUCUCCACAGCCCUCUACAUCCAAAAACACCUCUCCCCAUCGCAACGCGUUCUCCUCACAGCCCGGGACUUCCCCCACAGCACAUCCCUCAACUACGCCUCACCCUGGGCAGGCGCCCACUAUCGUCCGGUCCCGGGCUCCAACGCCCAACACACUCGAGAAGAAGCACAAGCCCGUCGCACCUACGCACACUUCAGGACACUCGCGGCCCAGGAACCAGGUGCGGGCGUCCAGUCCAUCACUGGCAUCGAGCACCUCGAGAACCCGCCGGCGGAGUACCUCGACGAGAAGAACAUCCAGGCAGUGUAUGGGCAUCUGGAUGGGUUUGAGUACUUACAGCCUGAGGAGGUGCCGGGGGAUGUGAAGUGGGGAGUGAGGUAUAAGACAUUCGUGGUGAAUUCGCCGGUGUAUUGUGCGUGGUUGCUGCGGGAGUUUGUCUUGAGGGGUGGGGAGGUGAAGGAGUAUACGUUUGUGGAUUUGAGGGAGGGGUUCUAUCUUGCGGAGAGGGUGGGGGCGGUGGUUAAUUGUUCUGGGUUGGGGUUUGGGGAUGAGAAGAGUUAUAUUAUUCGGGGGCAAACGUGUCUGGUCAGGAAUCCGUGCUCGGCGACUAUCACUCGACAGAAUAGCGAUGGCUCGUGGUCCUUCUGUAUCCCGCGGCCGUUGGGUGGUGGGACGAUUAUCGGGGGCACGAAGCAGCCGCAUAAUUGGGAUCCUAAUCCGUCGAUGGAAACACGGGCCCAGCUACUGGCGAAUGCUGCUAAGUGGUUUCCCUUCCAGGAGGGAAGUAGAGGAGAGUUCGAUGUUAUUCGUGAUGUUGUUGGUCGUCGACCCGCACGAGAGGGGGGUAUGAGGAUUGAAGUGGAGAGGGAUCAAGGUCAGGGGGUGAUCGUUCAUGCGUAUGGAGCGGGGGGUCGUGGGUUUGAGUUAUCCUGGGGUGUGGCGGAGGAUGUUUACGAUUUGAUGCGACAAUGCGGACUGAUAAAGGAAAAGGCCUCGCUAUAA